AUGGCUACUGGUGAAUCAUUGAGAUCGUUGGCUUUUUCUUUUAGAAUAUCUCAGAGUUACAUAUCUCGUAUCAUUCAAGUGGUUUUGAAAAGUUUGAGUAAACAACUAACUCCUAUUUUGUUAAAAUCUCCAACUAAAGAAAAUUUAAUUCGUGUAGCUGAGAAUUUCUGGAAUAAAUGGAAUUUUCCCAAUUGUGUGGGUGCCAUUGAUGGCAAACACAUACGAAUAUUUGCUCCCGGAAAAAGUGGUUCGUUAUUUUACAAUUACAAAGACUAUUUUUCCAUUGUGCUUCUUGCAAUUGUUGACGCCGAUUGCAAAUUCAUAUAUGUGGAUAUUGGAUCAUAUGGCAAGGAAGGAGAUAGUGGAAUUUUCAACAAAUCCAUUAUCGCAGAAAAUAUAAGAAUCGGAGAUUACUUUCCUUCGCCCGGGAAAUUGCCAAAUUCAAAUGAAAUAUUACCGUAUGUUCAUAUUGGUGAUGAGGCAUUUCGUCUGGAUCGGCACAUGAUGCGGCCGUACUCGAGAAUUGAAGCUCGAAAAGACUACCAAAAAACUAUUUUUAACUAUAGAUUGUCUCGGGCGAGAAGAACAACUGAAAACAGUUUUGGUAUCUUAAGUCAGGUAUUCAGAGUUUUUUAUACGCCUAUUUCUUUGAAAACAGAAACAGUAGAUAAUUUAGUGUUGUCGGCAUGUUGUCUUCAUAAUAUUCUUCGCGAUCGAUAUUUAGAAAAUACAGACAACAAUUAUUACAACUUUGAUGUCAACGAACUUCCACCAUCUAGAAAUAUGACGCCACUUACAAGAACGGGAGGAAACGCUAAUUUCGAGGGAUUUGUUAUUCGAGAUAAAUUUAAAAGUUUUUUUAACAGUCCAUUAGGGGCUGUUGAGUGGCAAAAUCAUCAAGCUCAACUAACAGAUACACAGUGA